CUCGCCCGCCGCCCUCCCCGCUGAUAGCGACUGCGCGGCUCUUGCGCCACGGAGGGCGGCGGCCUUCCGCGCGGACGGGCAGCGCGAAGCCGAGCGACUGAGCUUCACCAAAGAUGGCCACCCUUGGAGUCAUGUCAGCCUGUACCGGUGCACGUGCCUUAAUGCCUUUACUUAGGCCAAGGAUCCUGAAAAUGAGCACAAGCCAAUUCCAUGCAUCAGUGAGGACUGCUUCAAAGGAUUACUAUGAGGUGCUGGUGCUGGGCGGAGGUACCGGUGGCAUCACCAUGUGUGCACGGAUGAAGCGGAAAGUGGGGGCCGGCAACGUGGCUGUGGUUGAGCCUCAGGAGAAUCACUAUUAUCAGCCUCUCUGGACUUUGGUUGGGGCUGGAGCAAAACAGUUAGUGUCAAGUUCACGCACAACCGCAAGUGUGGUUCCCUCAGGUGUAACGUGGAUCCAGUCAAAGGUACAGAAGCUGGAUCCAGACAAGAACUGCGUCUAUUUGGAGAACAACCAAAAGAUAUCGUACAAGUAUUUGAUCAUCGCCCUUGGGCUCCAGCUGCAUUACGAAAAGGUCAAAGGCCUGCCUGAUGGUUUUAAGUUUCCUAAAAUAGGUUCCAAUUAUUCCAUUCACACAGUAGAAAAAACCUGGAAAGCACUGCAGGAUUUCAAGGAAGGAAAUGCCAUUUUCACCUUUCCAAACACCCCUGUGAAAUGUGCCGGAGCACCACAAAAAAUCAUGUACCUGUCAGAGGCCUACUUGAGAAAGACAGGAAAACGCCCCAAAGCCAACAUAAUCUUCAACACGUCUCUUGGAGUUAUUUUUGGGGUUCAGAAGUAUGCAGAGGCUUUGCUAGAGAUUAUCAAAUCAAGGGGCAUCACAGUUAACUACCGGUGGAACCUUGUUGAAGUUCGAGCUGAUAAACAGGAAGCCAUUUUUGAGAACUUGGACAAACCUGGAGAGACGAAGGUCUAUCAGUAUGAAAUGCUUCACGUCACACCACCCAUGGGGCCCCCUGAUGUCCUUCUGAACAGUCCAGUUUCAGAUGCGGCCGGCUGGGUUGAUGUAAACAAGGGCACACUGCAGCAUAACAAAUACCCAAAUGUGUUUGGAAUUGGAGACUGCACCAACCUCCCCACCUCAAAGACAGCAGCGGCUAUAGCUGGCCAGUGUGGUGUACUCGAUAAGACAAUCUCUUCUAUAAUGAAGGGCAAAACUCCAACUAAAAAGUAUGAUGGAUAUACCUCCUGUCCCCUGAUAACAAACUACAACCGAGCAAUCCUAGCUGAGUUUGAUUACAAUGCUCAGCCUUUGGAAACAUUUCCUUUUGACCAGAGCAAGGAACGGAGGCUAAGUUUUCAUAUGAAAGCUGAUAUGAUGCCUUAUCUUUACUGGUAUGGACUACUGAAGUUGCUACUGAGUGAGCAAUGACAACCUUCCUGAUCUGUUUUAACUGUUGUAUUGGUGACCAGCCCCAGCCGGUGAGUGCAUUACUUUUAUUUCAGAAAUGUAUAUCAGAACCUAACAGCUAAGCUGCUAAGAUCAUGUGCCUACAUUGUUCGACAAGUUCAUACUGUAGUCAGCCAGUUACUAAUGAGAAGCCUGCAAGCAGAGUUUGAGUGCUUCCUAUGCAAGCUUAGAACACAGCUGGUGUAGUUGCAUGCUGUGGAGGUAAUGCUCUGUGUUCAUGAGUAGUUGCAAACGGCCCAGAGUUGCUAAGUGGUAUAGAAAUAAAACAAAAAAUAACAAAGAGGACAUACUGACUACUAACCAAGGAUAAUUAACUACCUUAGGAUGGUUUUGUCCUGAAAGUUACAUCAACAUUAUAAUGCACAAAUACUUAUUAAUUUGAUUUUUAUCUGUAAAUAACUGCAGUAGUCGGUAUUUCAGUAACAGUAUGGGUUUAAUUGUGUUUUUGUAGUUAAGUAGUUGAGUAAUGUGAAUUGUGAUGAACAGCACCUGCAGGAAUGGACAGCAAUGCUACCUGUUCAGGAAAUGGUUUCAAGAAUGGCAGAGUAGAGAAGCAGCACCGGUUGCAUCAAAGUGAAAUUGCCACUGCCAAGAGCUCAAAGGAACAUAUCUAUGUCUAGUACAUAUCCAAAGUUAGUUAAAAGUCAGAAUAAUUCACAAUGAAUUGUGUCAUCUUUUAUACAUGUUAUUUCUUUCUUGUCUCGCUUAAAGAGGAGGCAUCCAAGGCUUGAUAGAAAUACAAUAGGAAAACCUAUGGAUUUCGUACAUAUUACUCAU